UUAGGUAAAAUAAUAAUAUGCUUUGGUAAAAAUAUAUUUUUUAUCUCCGCGGUGAUGGAGCCCUUGCAAGCCCCGUGCUUUGAAUGGCCAUCGCCCUAUAGCGCAUAGCGUCGCCAGGGCGACGGUGAGGGUACACAAUACCCCGACAAUACCCUGAGACAGACUCAUUGUGACAAAGCCAUGUUGAGAUAAUUAACAGUGGAUGCAUCAGCGGAGGCUGUCCGAAGACAACUAUUAAAUGGCAAACAAUACACUGAACAACGGGGGGGUUCCCCAUCACUCGGCAAAUCGGCGGAGCGAGAGGUCAAUUGAUAAGUCAAAAAAAGAUAUCCCGGCUAUUGAAAAUCGCAACUGGCUGCUGCAUCGCCACUACACACGUCACGAGUACAAAAUAUCGAAGUACCUAAUUGACCAGGAGUUGACCAACUCCAACGGGCACAAUGAGUACGCGAGUUAUUUGAAGGGAUUGAUUCUUCGGAGAGAGGGGAAAAUUCAAGUGUCCCUUGACUGCUUUCAAAACUGUUAUAACAUCAAUUCUGCAAACGUCGAUAACGUAAAGCAAAUUGCUAAAUCUCUAUUCCUUCUGGGAAGUCACAAAAGGGCUGUUGAUGCUUAUUUGGAGGCUGGAAGAAUGUCAACUGCACCCGAUUGGGAGAUACAUCACAGUCUUGGUGAGUGCUACGUAAAAUUAAAUUUAUCGGAAGACGCCAAGCGGGAAUUCAAGAGGUCGACAGAAUUGACGAAGAAUGAGAUUCCCUACCUAUCGCUGGCACGUCUCUACGUUGAAGAGAACCGAGUCAACGAUGCCAUUGAAGUUUAUUCCACAGCACUCAAGGGUUCUUGCGAGAGUGAGGAUGCUGCCAUUGAACUGGGGCUCGUCUAUCUCAGAGUGGGCGACGAUCAGCAAGCCUUCCAGCAAUUUGGAACAGUCCUGGCGCACACAGCGAGCUGCACCGCGGCUAUCGUGCCAAUGGCUUACAUCAUACAAAUGCAUCAGGAAUACGACGUUGCAUUAUCCAAGUAUAAAACUGCAGCUCAGAUCCUCCCGGAAUCCUAUCACCUGUGGAAUAAUAUUGGCAUGUGUCUGUAUGGCAAGCAGAAAGUUGUUGCUGCAAUCAGCUGCUUGAAGCGGGCUCAUUACCUGAACCCGAUGGCACUCCUUCCGGCGUGUAAUUUGGGAAGAGUAUUGCUGACCACUGGCCAACCAGCAUCAGCAGCAAUUUAUCUAUGCGCUGCUGUAACAGCAGCCCCUAAAAAUCCCCAGCCGUAUCUACUCCUCGGAAUCGCCCUGAAGAAACUGGAGGAUUUGGAGGGAUCGGAGAAGGCCCUCUCCAAAGCUCACUCGCUGACACCCCAGGACCCCCUCACCCUCAUCAAUUACGCAGUUAUCCUAGAGGACAGAGGGAAAAGGGAUCGCGCCAAUGAGAUUCUCUCUGACCUCAAGGACAUCGCCGCCGUUACGACUGUCGAGUCUCAGAUCUUGGAGACUGCCAGGAGUUUGUCCCAGAGACUGCUGACGAAUGCCAGAAUAACUGAAGACAAACGGCUGCUUAAUGAAGACGAGGUUUGAAUGGAAAAUUUGAAUGGAUUUUUUGUACAAAAAUAAAAGAAUUAUCCACCAGCUGGAUAAUUAUCAUUAAUUAAUA